GUUUCCUCUAAGCUUUGAGAAAACAGACAGUAAAACAACGGUGCACUGCGGAAUAAAAUAUAUCAUUUGGAGCGGUGAUAAUGUUGCUGCUGCUAGAAGAUGAACAUAAAGAACACCUUGAGUUCUUGACUUCAGUUGACCUUGAAGUUGUCAAGGAGUUUUGUAGAAUUGCAAUGGAGUUCAUUAGGAAGGGACCCAAUCUGAAGGUGUAUCAUACAGCAGCUCAAAAAUUAGAUGUAAAUGCUGAAGCAGUACAGCAUGUUGUGGAGGGUCUGAUGUAUUUAUUAACUGAAUGUGCCAAGUUAAUGAUUUCAGAAAUAGACUUCCAGGAUUCCAUCAUGACACUUGGAUUUCAGGAAGAUUUGAAACAGCAGCUAGUUCAGUUUUACUUGGAAAAUAGGAAAGAAAUUCGUGCCAUACUAUGUAAAAUGUCAAUGGAUCUUCCACAUUAUCACAAUUUGGAAUGGAGGCUGGAUGUACAGUUGGCCAGUAGAUCUUUGAGGCACCAUAUCACUCCAAUAGUAACCAUGAAGCUACAUACAGGGGAUUGUGAAACAAAAGAAGUGACAGUAUUACAGACAGAUGCUGUGAACCUACUGCAUCUUACACAAACAUUACAGCAAGCUUUAGAUGAAAUGAAAAGUUCACAUUGUAGAAGAAUAGUUAGAAAUAUCAACAAGUAGCCUCCAGUUCUUCAAUUUAUUUUUUACACCAUCAUCUUUAUAAUAUACAUUUCUAUUUCUGUAUACAGCUACGGUUUGGUUGCUCAGCAACACAUUCUGUAAUAAAAUUUUACAUGAAUAUAGUAUAAAAAGAAAUCAUUACAGUGAGCACUAAAAAUAAACUGUUGAUAAAACUGCUAUCUUCCCUUGAAAGAAUCUUAACAAUUGUUAUGACUUGGAAUGUACCAUUAUAUUUAAUUGGGGUGGGGGUUGAUCAAAUUUGCACACUUCACUGUGUUUGAAUUAGGUUUUAGUUUAAAUCCAUGCUUGUUAAUUGCAUGAUAUAUAUGACAAUACAUAGUGUACCUUGUACAUGAUGAUAGUAAGUGGCAAAACUAACAUCGCUAAGAAUGUUCAAAGGGAAAUUAGAGGGGAAGGGGAGUGCUUUUUAACUCUUAUCCUGCCAGCCCCAUGUACUUUUACAUCGACUUGACCAGGUAAUUAGUGAUCAUUAUCAUAAUAACACUUUUUAAGGAGCACAAUAAAUAUACCAGAACUGAAGUCUAAAAUCUUUCAAACAGUUUGUUGAAUAAAUUUGAAGAAACAUAAUUUAUCUGUAUUCUUUCUGGUAUUUUAGCUAUGUAAAACUAGAAAUAAGCAUGUCACUUUUCAUCGUAAUGAAAUUACUUAUUUUAUUUAGUACUUAAUCCUGUUAGUUAUAUAGUGCAGGAAUACAGGAAAUUAAAUAAAAAAUACAGUAUCACAGGAAUUCAAUCUUUAUUCAGAUCAUCAAAUGAAUGCAUGUGUAUGAUCAGUCACCAAAAUACAAAAUGACAUUUAUAAGGCGC